AUGGACGAGCGCUCCCUGAUAGACGUCAGCUUCCUGUUGGACGUGCGCCUCCUUCUGGACGUGUACCUCCUGAUGGUCCUUGGCUUCCUGAUUGCCGAGCGCUUCCUUAUGGACGUGUGCUUCACGCUGAUCGUGGCCAUCAUGAUGGUCGUGGACUUCCUGAUGUACGGUUGCCGGCGCUGCCUGCCUUUCCUGCUCUCUCCGACGGAGUUCCGAGUGCCGAUCUUCCGGUGCAGAUGUUGGUGGAGCUCAAGGCUGUGCGAGCUAUGUGGAGAAGCUUGCUAUUCGUGCGGCAGCGUCUUAUGA